UGCGUUUUUAUGGAGAUGUCGUGACCAGGCUUCCGUAGAAUCUAGAAUCGCCCUCUGAAAGUCAAACACAUCACUUGUCGCGCUCGAUGCGUCGAUGUAAACUCCCUUGAUCGCGCCCCUUUAAAAUUAAUGUUUACAAUGUCGGAGGUCAAAAUAGAAGUAGAGAGCACAAUGCCGGAAGAAACAGACAAUGUGCUGAAAAAUGGUAAUGGUGAAAAAACUAGUGACAGUGACGUUAAUUACAAGGAAGAAAUAAAAAACGAAAUCAAGGCAGAAAUUAAAAACGAGUUAAAAACAGAUGAGAUGCAUGACAAAACCAAUGGACGUGCGACAGUCGAAAUUGGAAAUUGUUAUUGUGGCAAAGAUAGAAAUCUGAAUAUUGCAGAGUUGUUGUGUGCCAGUUGUACGAGAUGGUUUCAUGAAUCUUGUGUUGGAUAUCAAUUGGGCAAGUUGGUACCAUUUAUGAUGAACUACGUUUUUGUAUGUAAAAAUUGCUCUCAAACUGGACUAGAGAAUUUCAAGAAAAAUCCAGCGCAGUUUCCACAAAUGUGCGUGACUGCUAUUGCAAAUUUAAUACAAAGUUGCCAAAAAGAUAAUACCAACAGAACUGUCUUUCACAAGGACAGAGAUAUAAUUCCAUUUAUAGAAUAUCAUUGGGAAAGCAUGACAACAAUACCUAGAAGAGUGACACUGUCAUGGCAUGCAAGAAUACACAAAGCUCUGAUAAAAGAUCUUGGAACACUUUUUUUUAUGGAUGACACAGCAGCAGAAAGCCAGCUGUAUGGACUUGUAUGUGCAGAUCUAAUGUCCAUUAAACCUAAUUAUGAAGCUAUGGUGAAAGGAGGUACUUUGAAAGUGACUGACAUGGGAAUACAGCAAAUCGUACCAAUAUCUAGUGGCAUGAGAGGACGUAAUUCCAAACGUAAGUUUCCUGUGGAGGGAAUUAGUUCUGGUCCAGGCAAAAAAGGUAGAGGUUCAGACAUCACAGCUGCUAAGCUCUCUGCUCAUGGCUACCCCAUGGAUCAUCCUUUUAAUAAAGAAAACUACAGAUAUAUCCUAGCUGAACCAGAUCCACACGCGCCUUUUAAACAAGAAUUUGAUGAAAGUAGUGAUUGGGCUGGUAAACCGAUUCCUGGGUGGCUUUAUAGACCACAGAGUCCAAAUGUUGUGCUUUUGGCUUUGCAUGAUAGAGCACAACAGUUGAAAGUUUCAGAGGAUAGACUGACAGUUACUGGCGAUAAAGGAUAUUGCAUGAUCAGAGCAACUCACUCUGUAAGCAGAGGUACAUGGUAUUGGGAAGCAACUCUGGACGACAUGCCUGAAAAUUCUGCCACUAGGCUUGGUUGGGGCCAAGAAUAUGCUAAUUUACAGGCACCACUGGGUUAUGAUAAGUUUGGCUACUCUUACAGAUCUCGUAAAGGAACGCGUUUCCACGAAAGCAGAGGAAAACAUUACGGUACAGGAUAUGGAGAGGGAGAUACUGUAGGAUUCCUCAUAAUAUUACCAGAUGAUUACAGGCCGUCACACAUUCCUAAAACAUAUAAAGAUCGUCCAUUAAUAAAAUCCAAAAGUCAUUUAUAUUACGAAGAAAGGGAUCAAAUUCCGGAAGCUAUAAAAACAUUAAAACCUCUAUUAGGCAGUAAGAUAGUAUAUUUUAAGAAUGGUGUUACUCAGGGAGAAGCUUUUGUAAAUAUGUAUGAUGGUGCUUACUACCCAUGUGUUUCAAUUUACAAAAGUGCCACAGUAUCUGUGAAUUUCGGACCACAUUUUAAAUAUCCUCCUAAAUGCGUCAAUUUCAGAGGGAUGUAUGAUAAAGCAGAAGAAGCAAUUGCAGAACAAGCAAUGGCUGACAUACUGUUUUUUACAGAAAACGAGGGAAAAUUAAGAUUAGACAAUAUUACAUUAUGACACUAGUAAAUGUUUUUAGUUUCGUUUUACUUUAAUUUUUAAUAAAAAAAAAAUAAAUAAAAAAAA